AUGGCGCGCACAUCAAACGUGGCAUUGAAGGAUGAGGAGGUGCUGCGACGCGUGCAGCUGCUCGGCGACGCGAUCGCCGAGGAGCAGCGGCAAACCAAGGCUUCGGCCGGCCUGCGGCAGCCGUUGCGGGACUGGCACAUUCAGGCUCGGCUGCUGGAGGAGGUGACGUGCUUGCUCGCCGAUGACAUCUCCGGUCGUCGCGCCUUUGUGGGGUGGAUGUCCCUCCACAUGAGGAAUUGCUUGCUGCACGCGCUGCAGAGCCGGCGCGCACCAAUCGCAUUGGCAGCGGUGAACGCUGUGGGAGCGCUCGUGCAGCAUGGCGCCUGUCGCGCUGCUGUUGCAGUCGUGUGCUCUUGGUUUCUCGCCUGCCUUGUGCGACUCGCCGCGAGCUCCUCUGCAACGUCGGCGGUUUCCGCUGCGGCAAUGCGGGUGCUCCUCUCCAUGACACAGAAACGUGUGCUUACCAUUGAGGGUGUGAACAGCCUCUUGUGUGACUGCGGUGCUUCCAGCGCAGCCGUGCGCCGGCGCUCUGUCGAGGUUCUGCGCUCCUACCUGGAAGCAGCCAAGGGGACAUCGAUCCAGCUGUCUGUCAAAGCCUACGCUGAGGCGGUCCACCGCGUGAUCAGCGAUCGCAUGCGUGACGCUGACGCCGAGGUUCGGCGUGGGGCGCGGCGGUGCUUCUGGGCCCUGCACGUCUUGGAACCGGCGUCUACAGGGGCGCUGCUUCGCGUUCUGCCCGCGGGCCUGCAGCGUCAGCUGGCCGCUGAACGUGCGGAUGCGAUGCAGGAGCUCAAAGUAGUGGAGCUCUCGCCGGUACCGCCUACGUCGUCGUCGUCGUUGGCUCUGAGGCGUGGCAGCUCGAUGCACCGGAAUCCACACGCUUUGGACGCCGCGCACGCGUCCCGCACCGUCACGUUAAAGGACGAUCUGCAAAGCGCGGUGGCGCGCCGUGCGCGCGCGUUCACGCCGCGCCCCACGUCUCCAAGCAAGGCACGUCGGCAGCUGUUGCGGUCGGCCAAGGAGGCAGCCGCCCACCAGGAGAGGGGUACUAUUCUGCCGAAGCCGGACGUGUACGCAAGUGGAGCGGGAGCCUUGGCCACCAGUACUGGAUCUGCGCGCCUGUACGCUGCAUCGCGUCGUGCCGGUGGUGGCACGUCGUUGCUCACAUCGAUGGAAAGCACCGACUGGUCCGUCCGGCGUGCUGCCGUCCUUGAAGGGCAGAGGCUGUGCGAGAGUGACUCCUUGGCGAGCGAGGACAUCGCGCAGCUACUGGCAGGGCUGCUCAUUCGUGUUCAGGACAUUCAUUUUCGCGUUGUGGAGGCGGCACAGAGUUUUCUGCGCACGCUGAUGGUGCGGGCACCAGCGGCGACGCAGAACGAGUUUCAAAGCCUGCUGCCCUUCCUGGUGAGUGCUCUCGUUCGCAACACGAGUCACACUCGACCGGUUGUGCGCGCUGGUGCUUGUCAUUUGCUCGACCGCAUUACGCGCACGCAUGAACCCCCGCAGGGGGUGCUGAACGCGGUGCUACGCGCCGCGGACGACGUCGGCGGCGGCAGCGCCGCCAUGGAUCAGCGCUGCGCGGAGCUCCUCCACUACGUGAUCGUGGUACAUCCCUCUCUCUUCGCUGAGACGUCAUCGAUGGGUAUCGCUGUACGGGGCAUUCUCGCGCAUCUGCGCGUGCUGGAAAGCCGUCAACCAAAGGAAAGCCAUCGCGCUGGAGUGCGGGUGGCCCAGGUAAGCUGGUUUACGGCGCUCGGCGCAGCGCUGCUCGCGUGUCCCGAGUCCUUUCGACAGAUAGCGGAGCGGCUCGCGCCGUCGGAGCAGGAGGAAGUGCGUGCGGCACUCCGCGAGAGCUUUGGCUUGAUGGACACGGACUGGGAGGAGAAGCUUUCGGACGUCUGCGCAAUAGGGAAAGGGCGGCUGCGCUGCCUCUUUGCCGAGGAGCUGAAGGCCUGCACGAUGACGGAGCACGGUGUGACCGGCACUACCGAGCCGCUGUCCGGUGCAGCCGGCCGAAUGACCAAGGACGGUGGCGUGUCGGGCGUGGCGCCUCUGUGUAGUCGCGCGUUGCAGAAAGCCUCAAAGCUCCUGCGUGAGUUUCUCUCGGUCGACGAAGCCCGCCCUCUGUCAUCAGGAACCGUGCGAGAGCUGCCAGAAGACCCCGUGACCGGUGCCGCUUCUACGCCAGUGCUCGCACCUCUGCCUGAACUGGCGCAGCCGGCUACUGUAAGUUGUACGCCGUCGCCAGUGCUUGCUGGUGUCGAUGGGGGUGGUGAAAGCUGCGUUGCCCAUGCGACUGUUCCGCGGCGCGCCUGGCCCGGGGCACAGCGUGACAGGGACCCUGUUGCUCACUUUCUACGUCAGCGGCCGUGCUGCAGAGAUACCGAGGAGCAGCGCUGCGCCCUGCUGUCCUUGGCAGAGGCGCUACGCGCUGGCGGCGCCAGCGCUGAGAGGGAGAGGGGAGCGGACGUAUACUGCCCGAAUUGUGUACCAGAGGAGGUGGAGCGGCUUCUCCUGUACUGGGAGCGCGAGUUAUCCGGUGUGGAAGGGGCAACGCACCACAACGUGCGAUGGGCUGUGUUGACGGCGUUGCAGGCACUCCUACAGUGGCCUGGUGCCCGAUCGGCCGUGUCGCGGCAGCUCGCUCGCGUAUUGAGCAUCUGCCGCGCUGGCCUCGACGACCCUUUUUUGGAGGCACAGCUGCAGGCCGCGUGCUGCCUCGACACCCUCCUGACUGUUCGCAAGCCCCCAGCGGAUCUCUGCCUCAGCGCCAUCGCCAGUUGUGUAAUGCGAUGGUUGGAGGGUCCCAUGGGCGACGGCGCCACUUCAGGCUGGCUGGAUCUUGUACACACGAUUCUUCGAGUCGUCAAGCAAGCGCAGCCGACGCUAGCAGGGGCGAAGGGCACCAACAGGCUAGCCUGUGUAGUGCUGCCAGACGAGACAGGCUAUCAGCGUCAUCCCACCCUGACUGCUCCGGUACUCCAUCGCGUUGUAGCCGUUCUGAACCGAUGCCUCAACCACUGUCACGUUUCUGUACGGCUGUGUGCUGUGCUGGUGCUUGUGGGGAUUCGACGUGCAUUGGGGGAUGCCGUGACGCUACCGUUUCUGGCGCCGCUCUCUGCUGCUCACAUGCGCCUUGUUGAUGUCUACCUGGACAAGGUGAUGGAGGAGCGUCCAUGGCGCCUUCUGACUUGA